AUGAGCUCGACGCCGUUCGAGUUGUCGAUUGACACGCUGGACGCCUGGUGCGACAAGCUGCUGGGCUGUAACCCGCUGACUGAGAACGAGGUGAUGCAGCUGUGUGCGAAGGCCAAGGAAGUGCUCGUGCAGGAGUCGAACGUGCAGCCCGUGCGCUGUCCCGUGACCGUCUGCGGCGACGUGCACGGCCAGUUCCACGACCUCAUGGAGCUCUUCCGCAUUGGCGGCCACGCGCCGGACACGAACUAUCUAUUUAUGGGGGACUAUGUCGAUCGAGGCUACUAUUCCGUGGAGACCGUGACGCUGCUCGUGUGUCUGAAAGUGCGGUACAAGGACCGCAUUUUCAUUCUCCGGGGCAACCACGAGAGCCGGCAGAUUACGCAAGUCUACGGCUUCUACGACGAGUGUCUGCGCAAAUAUGGCAGCCCAAAUGUCUGGCGCUACUUUACAGACGUCUUUGACUACCUCCCGCUCACGGCCGUGGUCGAGAACCAGAUCUUUUGCCUCCAUGGUGGCCUGUCGCCGUCCAUUGAUACGCUCGACUAUAUCCGCGGCUUUGACCGAUUGCAGGAAGUGCCGCAUGAAGGUGCCAUGUGCGACUUGCUCUGGUCGGACCCGGACGAUCGGUCGGGGUGGGGCAUCUCGCCUCGAGGGGCGGGGUAUACUUUUGGUCAGGACAUUUCCGACCAAUUUAACCAUGCGAAUGGACUAACGCUCAUUGCGAGAGCGCAUCAAUUGGUCAUGGAAGGCUACAACUGGUCACACAAGUGCAAUGUCGUGACGAUCUUUAGUGCGCCCAACUACUGCUACCGCUGUGGCAAUGAGGCUGCCAUCAUGGAGGUGGAUGAACAGAUGCAGUACACAUUCUUACAGUUCGACCCGGCUCCUCGGCGUGGAGAGCCCCACGUAUCGCGCCGGACGCCCGACUACUUUCUGUGA